AUGGAGGCUCCUAUUAAACCCACCGCGGCGCACCUCCCGGCUCCUACCCAGGUCCAAGACGAGUUCAGUGGGACUGAAGGAGUCUACCUUCUCCCCCAUCACCACGAGGAGAUCAAGCGCUUGCAACGCCAACACUUCUUCAUCAAGGCCGCCACUGACGACAAGCUGACCCCUAUCGAGCUGCCCGCAGGGGCCAGAGUGCUCGACUCUGGCUGCGCAGACGGUAAGUGUCGCCCGCAACCCCUGCCUGUUCUUGAAGAAUCAUUGGUGCACGCCCGCGAAGAAAAUCCUACUAACGCGAGCGGACGGGCAGGGACAUGGCUAGCGGAUCUGGCUGGCACGGACAGGCCCGAUCUGCAGCUCUACGGAGUGGACCUGGGCAAGGCGCUGUUCCGGCCGGACGCCCGACUGACCCUGCGCGAGCAUGACGUGCGCCAUCCCUUCCCCGACUCGUGGGGCUGGAAGAACAGUUUCGACCUGGUGCACCAGCGGCUGUUGGUCUGGGGCAUCGGAGCGGACGAGUGGCCGCGGGUGCUCGCCAAUCUGGCCGACGUGGUGAAGCCCGGGGGGGUGCUGCAGCUGGUGGAGGCGGAAUGGGUCCUGAGCUCGUAUUCGGACGAGCAGGUGCAGCAGAAGAAGCUGGCCCAGGUGCAGGAGUGGUCGACCCGCUCGUCCGGCAUGGACGUCCACAUCUGGAAGAAGUUCCCCGACCUCCUGCUGCCCCUGGGCUUCGAGGACAUGAAGGUGGAAACGUUCGAUCUGGGCUACGGAGCGACCUCGAAGAGGCCCGAGGACCGCAUCUGGACGGCCGAGCUCCUCCCCCAGUCCUUCCGCCAUCUGGCUCGGAAGAUCCCUGCCGAGGGCAUUCCCGGCGUGGCCCGCACCCCCGACGAGUAUCUCGCGUGGUUGGACGAGCUGGUUGUGGAGAUGAAACAGAUAGGCUACACGCCCAAAGUCCGGUGGCUUACGGCGCGCAAGAUCUAG